AUGGCCAAUCCAGAGCUAUUAGAAUUGCGUCAGCAGCUGGCUGAUGUCUGCCACAAGCUGGUAGAGGAAGUCAUCCGUGUAAAAUCUACCAAGCAGAGCGUCGCCCUGCUCAAGGAAAUCUUUUUAUGCAUCGAGGACACUGAGCCUUCGAAGGACUUGGUACAACAUCAGAGGGCCACCAGGCAAAUAGACUACCUCCAAACCGAAUUUUCGAUAGGCCUAGAAAUUUUGAAAAGACAAAGACAGCUGGUAACUGGUUGGUAUAAGGCCAAGGAAGUAGAACCGGACAACGGGGAGGCAGGCUCGGGAGAUUCAACCUGGAAGAGACGCCACCAGGAGGAGAAUACACCUACGAUCAAGUACCGAAGGGUGGACAACUCCUUUCCCCGCUUCAUAGCGAAUGAGCCUGCUGAAGACCUGAUAUUCAGCAAGUCCAAUCAACACCGGGUGCGCAAUGAAGCCCCCUACCUGCCCAUCCUCAACCACGAGUUGGAGCGCAUGGAGGAGCACGAACAAUAUAUGAACCUCAUCCACGCCAGUCGCUUCGAAUCCAAACCGAAACCCCCGCCGCUGCAACGCAUUGACAUUGGCAACCGCCAUGAUAACCGAGGGCUUUCCGCCUACGCCAGCUUGAUCAGCAGCCAGUCAGAGCGCCAAAAAGCGACACCAAUGCGCCUUGGUAGCUUCAACAGCAGCCGUGCCUCCAUCCUGUCCAGCAGCUCGGGAAGCAGCGAAUCUUCCGAUUCCUCCCUGAUGAUCACGGCCGUUGAGGAUGGCUCGAAUGAAAGGAAAGCCAACACGAGGACCAACCACACUGACGCUGCGAAAUCGCUGAGUGGCCACCAGCCUACCAGGCAUCGUCGCUUUUCCAGCUGCAUCUACCUUAAAGAUGACUUCGUGGAGCAGUUCAGGGCCAAGUCGGCUCGCAUCCGGGAGGAAUCCGAGCACCGUCGUCGAUUGGCCGCUGUGGAGGCUAAUCGCACCACGGAGGAACGACGUGCGUACGAAUGCAAGCUGCGGGAGAAGAUCUUCCAGUACCGCAUCAGCCACAAGCCAAUCUUCGGGUCGCCAAUCGGGUCAUCGGUGGACAAGCCCGUUGAGAGGAAGGAAAUCCAACUCAUUCCGCUUACCAAGGAGCACAUGAGGCGCUAUAACGAGCUAAUGACAGGCGAUUUAGCUUCGGUUCUUGUGGUCAAAUUCAACAUGCGCAUUACCCGUCGCGACAUUAGAACAUUGCUGGAUGGCGAGUGGCUGAACGACGAGGUGAUCAAUUUCUACAUGAAUCUGAUGACCGAACGCUCGGAGAAGCGUCCUGGCGAUUUGCCCGCCACAUAUGCGAUGAACACAUUCUUCGUGCCACGCCUCCUGCAAAGUGGACAUGCGGGCGUUAAACGCUGGACCCGCAAGGUGGACAUCUUCGCCAAGGACGUGAUUCCUGUGCCAGUGCAUGUCAACGGCGUCCACUGGUGCAUGGCCAUCAUCCACAUGCGCAACCAGACUAUCCACUAUUACGAUUCCAUGGGACAGCCGAAUCAAGCCGUGCUGAACGCUCUGGAGGCCUAUCUGCGCGAGGAGUCCUUGGAUAAGCGGAAGAAGCCGUUCGAUACAAGCGGCUUUAGGAUCGAGAGCGCCACCAAUGUGCCUCGACAGCAGAAUGGCAGCGAUUGCGGCGUUUAUAGCUGCAUGUUCGCCGAAUACAUUUCGCGCGAUGUACCGAUCACCUUUUGCCAAACGGAAAUGGAGUAUUUCCGCCGGAAGAUGGUCCUGGAGAUUGCGGCUGGUGAGAUUUGGAACUAA